AUGAAGAUAGCCAAACCAAUUCUAAGAUGGAUGAGCUCUUUUAAGCCAGUUUCUAUAAGCUAUCAGAAUCUAUUAGAAAGCUCUAAUAUAAUCAAUUUAAUAGAAGAAGCAUAUGGUGAAGAUGGGCUUGGGAUAUUAGAAAUUGAAGAAAUACCUGAUUAUCACUCAAAAAGGGUAAAUUUAUUGAAAUUUUCUAGGGAUUUAGCUUUGCUUCCACAAGAAGAAAAACAAAAAAUAACUCUUCCUCAUACAAGGGCUGUAGGAUGAAGUCACGGGAUUGAAUCUUUUAAAGGGGAGCCAGAACUUAAUAAAGCUUCUUUUUAUGCAAAUCCUUUACAAGAUGAAGGAUUUUUAGGGACAAGUUUAUAUAAUGAUAACAUCUGGCCUGACAAUUUGCCUCACUCCCCCCCUUUAAAUUGGAACAAAAUAUAGGUAAAAUUUCCUUUUUUGGUAAAUUAACCCCCCUUUAAAUUGGAACAAAAUUUAAUUUAUAUAAAAAAAAAUUAUAUAUAUUUUUAUCUAAAAAGUUUUGAUAUAAGUUAAGUGUUUCUUCCUAAUUAAAAUUAAAAAUUUAGUUAUAUUUUGCUCUUGUUUAAAGAAGAAAGUAUAAAGAGCAUCUUAUUUAAAUAAAUUUAUUAUCCUUAAUUGCUAAAUUUUAAAAAAAAAUUAAUUUUUUUUUUUUUAAAAUUUUUAAUUAUUUUUUUUGAUAAAAAUGGUAUUUUUUUAUUUAAAUAGUUUUGAUAUAAAUUCAAUUGGAAUUCUUUAUAAAAUUUCAAAAUUUACUUAUUCCUUGCUUUAUUUGAAAGAAUAGAGUGUAAAUAGCAUCUUAUUUAAACAAAAUUAGCACUUUGAUCGAUAAAUUUUCUAAAUUUUUUUUUUUUUUAAUUUUUUUUUUAUCAAUAAAAAUAAUAAUUUUUGUGCAAAUAAUUUUGAUGCUAAUUAAUAGUGGCGUAUUAACUAAUAAUAAAAAUUUAGUUAUACCUUGCUUUGUUUCAAAGGAUAAAGAGUAAAUAGCAUUUUAUUAAAUAAAACUUAUUAAUCUAACUCGAUAAGUUUUUGAAUUUUUUUUUUAUAAAAAAUUUUAUAUUGAUAUUUUUUUUUUAAAAAAAAAAAUUAACCCCCUUUUGAAUUGGAACAAAAUUUUUAGUUCCAAUUUAAAGGGGGGGGGAGUCAGGUUUAAGCCAAUUUUUAAAGAUUUUGGAACUUUGAUUGUAAAAAUAGCUACAGAUUUAGUAUAAAGUUAUAUUAAAAAAAAAUUAUUUAUUUAUUUUUUCUUUUAAUAAUAAUUUCUGUAUAAUUUAUAACUCUAUUUUCAUUCAUUAAAAGCGCAAUUUCUUAGAAAAGUAUAAAAACACAUAGACCUUUAUAUAUCAAAAAAAUGCCCAGACUAUAAAAAAGGAACCCUUGAAGAGGUCUUAAAAACUCAUAACAGUCACAUAGCAAGACUAAUCCACUAUUUUCCACAAGAAAACAGCGAUAAGCAUUGGUGUGAUUGACAUAGUGAUUUUAGUAUUGUGACUGGGCUUACUUGUGCUUUAUAUCUAGAUGAGCAAUCAGGGCAAAUUAUUGAGGAUAAUGAAAUAAAUGAUGAAAGAACUGGACUUUUUAUUAAAAAUAGAAGAGGAGAAGUCAUGAAAGCAAAUUUGACUGGGAAAAAUUUUAUAUCCUUAAUAAGCUUAACUAUAAUUUUUAUUAAAUUUCUAAUAAAAGCGCCUUUUAUAUAAAUAAAAAAUACUUCCAAGUAGGAGAAAUUUCACAAAUUCUCUCAGGCGGCUGACUGAAGCCUACCCCACACUGUGUAAUGACAACUGGUCUCCACUACGGAAUCUCCCGAAACACAUUAGCAGUUUUCUGUGAACCACGUCCUGAAUUUUUAAUGGAAGUCCCAGCUGAGCAUUCCAAACUCUUCGAAAAAUACGAAGGAGUGCCUGCGUUAUCUGAAAGAUGAAAACCAGGCAUGACCUAUGGCGAAUUCAAAGACUCAUCCUUUAGGUAUUAUUCUUAA